UCCAGCCAGGGCACCAAAAGAAAGAGAAUCAGCCAAAAGCAUCCCCACUUUAUAUUUUUAAUAUGUUAGAAAAUUUAUUCUCUUUCUUUAUUUUCCAUUUGCCGAUUUGCUGGGCCGGAUUGUCACCACCGACCACCCAAUCCUGACCAAUUUUUUGGACUGGGUUUCAAGUCGACGGUCCGUGCUUUUAAACCUUGGUUGGAACAGACUCUUCCUUUCCUCCGUCACUACUCCGCCACGCCUUCCCGCUCUCUCUCUCUCUCUUUCGCCGCGCCCGCCUCUCCAGGCUUCUAGUUUCAGUGCCGAAUAGGACCAAAAUUGGUAUUGAUUUUGAAAUCUUGUAAGCAUCAAAGAGGAACAUAGUGACAGCAAUGUCAUCCUCUCUCUACGUCCCUGCUGAUGAGACUGUCGUGCUGCACGUCACUCAUUCGAACCUCAAGAGCUUCUCCACUGACAUGCGCUUCCCUCUGCAGACUACUGUCGAAGCUGCAAAGGAAAGACUUUGGAAAAAAUGUGGUACAUCUGUGGACUCAAUGUGCCUUGAACUCUACGAUGUUAAUGGAAUCAAAGUUUGCGACCUGACUGACAAUAUGAGUCCCCUUGGAGUUUUCUCUCCACAAGAUGGGUACAGGAUGCAUGUCAUAGAUCUGGAUCCAUCCUCAGUGACUGCUGGUGGUUGGUUGGAAGACACUUCAUUGGUUGAGAAAUAUUCAAUUUCUGAAGAUGCCUAUGACAAACUUGGUGGUACCUUUAGAAAAUUCAAAGAGAAGUUGGCAUCUGAGAAACCCAGUGCAAAUAUUGUAACUGAUAACUACAUGGAGGAUCUAUGCAAAACUAUCAAGGUUGGCGACCGAUGUGAAGUAGAACCUGGAGAGAAAAGAGGGGUUGUAAAGUUUGUUGGUAAAGCUGGAACAUUGGCACCUGGGUUUUGGGUUGGAGUUCAGUACGAUGAACCUCUUGGAAAGCAUGAUGGCAUGGUGAAGGGGAAGCGCUACUUCGAAUGUCCUCCUCUCCAUGGAGCAAUGCUUAGACCAGACAAAGUUAAGGUUGGAGACUACCCUGAACGAGACCCAUUUGAGGAAGAUGAAAUUUAAAUCUGGAGUCAGUUUCUAUGAUUAGUUUUUUGCAAUUUAUGUUAACGUGUGAUCGUAUUUGAAGAUUUAUAUGGGUACACUGAGUGUAAACAGAUUUUUCCUUGAUUUGCUAAUUUUCUAGUUAUGUUGAUAGAUAUAUUUAUAUUGAUCUAACGUACCUUUCAUUGA